AUGGUAUACAGAGAAGCAGAUCGUUUGGCCGAAAGCAAGAAUAAGCUUAUCGGGACUGAACAAAGCAACAAAGAAACCCACUGCUCAUCGCCUUCGUGUAGUAAUAAAAGUGAAGAGCGAAGUGAAGUAAGUGGUGGUAGUCCAACAACAGGAAGCUGUCUUAAUAGCCGGCAGUUAAUGCAUUCUACAAAAAAGAAGGAAAAGCAUUCGAAGGACAAGGAAGUGUCAUCAAAAAGGCGUCGAAAAUCGGUGUCACCAUCAUUUCAGCAUAGUCGGAGAUCAAGGUCGAGAUCUGUUUCUCGCAGUCGUAAAAGAAGACGCUCUCCUUCACCGUCAACAAAUGGUAAAAGUAGAGAGCAUGAACGUCGUUCGGAUCAUAGAAAAAAUGACACACGUCGAGAUUUGAUACAAACAAACAGACGCAGUAAUCAGAGCAGACGUCGCCGUACUCCGCAGAGAUCGUCGAGACGUUCUGAUAGGCGAGAAGGACGUCGUAAACGAAGUAGGAGUCGUUCAAGCGUAUCCAGUUCCAGUUCUUCUGAUACCACAUCAUCAAGCAUGAACGAGAUGCGUAUGAAGUCAUCACUUCUCGGCGAAAUCAUGACAAGACAUCAUGAUAAAAGAAUCGAUAGGACUGCAAGGGAAUGGAAGGAAAAACGACACAGACGUAAUCCAACAGCAAAGAAACGUCCAUCACGAAAGCGUGCACCAUCGUCUGAUUCAUCGACAUCAUCUUCGGGUCAAAGCCCUCCAUCCUCUGUGUCAAAAUUAGUGGUGCCGCCGCCCCCACCACCACCAGUUCGGGUGAUUCCAGCGAGUGUUCCGCCGCCAGCGGCCUCUUUUAUACCAGCUGUGCCAACUUUUAUACCACCUCCACCAGCUCCAAUUGGUAUGGAUCCAAAUGCUUAUCAAGUGGCAGUGGCAGCUUACACUGCGCAAUAUGGAUAUGCUGGUCAGAUGGCAGCUUUCACUAUUCCACCACCUCCAUAUUCGCAACCUCCACCUAUACCGCCUCCUCCAAUUGCACCGAAUCCGAUCUUACCGCCUCCCCCUCUACCACCAAUGCCUUCAUCUCUGCCAAUACCAUCUUGUUUGCCUGUAAACACAUCACAGCCUCCUCCACCUGCACCUCCUGCAAUACCUAAUCCAAAUCUUGUAUCGUCGGCAGUUGCAGCUCAUCCUACACAACGCGACGCAUGUGUACCUUCCGUUGCACCACCACCAGCUCCUCCACCAAUGCCUCCCCAGUCCAAACGAACGUUUAUACGUCCUCUGGUGUUAAACAAACGUCUGAAAUUGCGGGAGGAUCCAGAGAACUGGGGUUGUUCAACGAUGGAAAAAUAUGAAAUCAAAACUCAAGUAGGUGAAGGCACAUAUGGACAAGUGUACAAAGCACAUGACAAGAUUACCCAAGAAGUGGUUGCUUUGAAAAAGGUGCGUUUGGAAAAUGAAAAAGAAGGUUUUCCAAUUACAGCUGUUCGUGAAAUUAAGAUUCUCAGACAGCUGAAUCAUCGGAAUGUCGUAAAACUAAUUGAUAUUGUUACGGACAAGCAAACUGCUGCCGAUUUUAGAAAAGAUAAAGGCGCAUUUUAUUUGGUGUUUGAAUACCUGGACCACGAUCUUAUGGGAAUAUUGGAAAGCCAGUUUGUUGAGUUUUCUGAUGAUCAAAUCUCAUCGCUUAUGAAACAGCUCGUUUCUGGACUGGAGUAUUGCCAUUCUAUUGGAUUUCUCCACCGUGACAUUAAAUGCUCAAACAUCCUUUUGAAUAACAAAGGAGAGCUGAAAUUAGCUGAUUUUGGUUUAGCCAGAUUUUACGAUGAAGAUCAAGAUCGUCCUUACACCAAUCGCGUGAUAACGCUUUGGUAUCGUCCACCAGAACUUUUACUUGGUGAAGAACGAUAUACAACUGCUGUCGAUGUGUGGAGUGUUGGGUGUAUUCUUGGAGAAUUGUACACGAAAAAGCCAAUGUUUCAAGGGAACACUGAGAUGGUGCAAUUGGAUAUAAUAUCGAAACUCUGCGGUACACCAUCACCUGAAAAUUGGCCUGAUGUUAUCAAAUUACCGCUGUAUUGCAGCUUUCGGCCAAAGCGCACUUUUCCUCGAAUUUUGCGUGAAGCAUUUGCAUUCAUACCUGAUAAACCUUUGGAUUUACUUGACCGAAUGCUUGAACUGGAUCCAAGGAAGCGUAUUACUUCAAAAGCUUCUCUUACACAUCCUUGGCUCAAAGAUGUUGAUCCUUCAAUAAUACCACCGCCAAAGCUUCCAGAUUGGCAAGAUUGCCAUGAGCUGUGGUCGAAAAAACAAAGGAAGAACCGGUCGGCUGGUAGUAGUUUGGUAAUGACACAGACGUCACAGUCACAUACUCAGUUUGUACAGCACCAUCCUGUUCUUCCUUCUAGUUCGCAUCAGUCUGAUUCGAACACAAAUUUGAGAACUGGGCUACCACUUUUUCCGACAAGGCGAAUGAACAUUACACAUUCAUCUGUUGAGGGUAAUGCAUCUUCAGAAGCUUCAUUAAAAAAUGUGGAUGCAGCAAUUCGAGCAAUUCAGGCAGAUCCAAGCAACUUGGAAGCAGCACGUGCACUGUUGGCGAACUUAAGCCCAACGGCAGCAGCAUCUGUUUUGCAGCUUGUUAGUAAAAGUGGUGUUUUGCCACCAGCGGUGAUGUCGGCGCUUUCAACAUUUACCACAAGUACAUCGCAUGCACAUCCACGAAUACAGAACCAACUCAGUGAAAUAUUAGGACAGCUUGCAUCAAUGGAACCGAAAGGAGAUCUGCCGUCCGCUAUAGAAUCAAGAAUACUUCCAGAAAGAGAGAAGGAAUUUUCGAAAAAAUCAACGGACCCAGUUAACGCAUUGAACGUGGGGAUGCCAGAACAAUUUAUAAAUGGUGGUGAUGUGGAUUGCAAUCAGAUUUUAGUAUCAUUAAAAUCUGAUAAUUCCAAACAGGUGCAUUCACCUGCCAAUCAUUCAGAACUGUUGAGUUGA